AUGGGAUAAACUUGUAAUGGAUGUUAAUGUUAGCAUCGUUCAAUUGAAGCAGUUCAAGAGAUUAAUGUUAAGAAGAAACCUAAGAAAAAGGUAGAAAAAUAAGAGAAGGUUGAGAAAUAAGAAGAUAGAGAAAAUAUUAAGAAACAGAUUGAAAAAGAUGAAUAAAAUAAUAAUAAAAUAGCAGAACGAGAUGCAGCUAUAAAAAUAUAAAGAAAUUGGAAGAAGCAUAGAAAAUCAAAAGAAAUAAGAGUUGAGAAGGCUGGAGCAAACAUAAAAGAGCAAUACUUUAAAGAAGAGACAGCAAAUGCAUAACCACCUCCAGAUCCAAAUAGAGUGAAAAGCUCAGCUUAUAAGUAAAAUAAGAUAUUAAAUUAGAUUUCAUUCUGGAGCAAUUUAUGAAGGAGAAUGGAAAGAUAAAAAACGAGAUGGAUUUGGUAUUCAAAAAUGGCCAGAUGGAGCUAGAUAUGAAGGUUAAUGGGUAGAAAAUAAAGCUUGUGGAUAAGGAAAGUUUUAUCAUGCUGAUGGAGAUCUAUUUGAAGGAGAAUGGAAAGAUGAUAAAGCAAAUGGUUGGGGAGUCUAUAGUCAUUUUAAUGGAGCAAAGUAUGAAGGAGAAUGGAAGGAUGAUUUAUAACAUGGAAAAGGAACAGAAACUUGUAUUAUUAUUAUAAUUUAUAAUAGGGUAGGAUAAAUCAAAAUAUUGUGGCGAUUAUUUUGAUGGAAAAAAACAAGGUAAAGGUAGAUAUGAUUGGGCAGAUGGAUCAUAUUAUGAAGGAGAAUGGAAAGAUAAUAAAAUAAAUGGUUUUGGUACAUACAUAUGGGCUGAUGGUAGAAAUUACACUGGAUAAUGGUUAGAUAAUAAUAUGAAUGGACUUGGAGUUUAUCAAUGGUAAGAUGGUAGAAAAUAUGAUGGAUAAUAUUUAAAUGAUAAAAAACAUGGCUAAGGAACCUACUAUUGGGCAGAUGGUAGAAAAUAUGAGGGAGGAUGGAAAAAUGGUAAAUAACAUGGCACUUCUAAAUAUUAUUUGAAUGAUGGAACUAUCAAAAUUGGUAUUUGGGAAGAUGGUAAAAGACUCAAAUGGCUAGAUGAUGCAUGA